UUUUAUUUACCGAUUUCUCUAUGAAUUCCAACUUUGAAUGCUAUCUUCUGCAAUUAGUGGCAAUGUACUUCAUAUAAUUUCGCAUUCAUUGAAAUAGAUAGACACUGAAAAAAUCAAACACUAGAUUAGGGUUUCUAUACUUGUCGUAAGAGACUAUGAUUAUAAUAUGAUUUGAUUUAAUUCUGUAGUUGUCUAAACAAAAUUUACACUGUUAUUAUUUGCAUAACAGUUAUGAUUAAUUUGUUUAUUUUGCCUCUGUUUAUACUUGAGUUCUGUUUUUCCUAUUAGAGGGACUUAGAAGAGCGACUCCACAAUGGUGUUUUCGGAGGAUGAAAUAUCUAAGCUGUAUAGGAUCCGGAAGACGGUGAUGGAGAUGCUUAGAGAUAGGAAUUACCUCGUAGGAGAUUUUGAGGUUAACAUGUCGAAAGAAGAGUUCAAGGAGAAAUAUGGGGAGCACAUGAAUAGAGAAGACCUUGUCAUCAACAAGGCGAAAAAGGACAAUCCCUCUGACCAGAUUUAUGUCUUCUUCCCGGAGGAUGAGAAGGUUGGCGUCCACACCUUCAGGACUUGCACCAAACGUAUGAACUCCGAGAAUGUCUACAGAGCCAUCAUCGUUUGCCAGACCAGCCUUACUAACAUGGCACUCUCUGAAAUCGACUCCAAAUUUCAUUUGGAAGUUUUUCAGGAGGCUGAAUUGCUGGUUAACGUAAGAUAUCACGAGCUUGUGCCAGAACAUCAGGUGCUGACCGACAAUGAGAAGAAAACCUUACUCGAGAGAUACACCGUUAAAGAAACUCAGCUACCUAGAAUCCAGGUGAGGGAUCCUGUUGCAGGAUAUUAUGGCAUGAAGCGUGGACAAGUUGUUAAGAUAAUCCGGCCAAGUGAGACUGCAGGAAGAUAUGUUACGUACUGAUUUGUUGUAUAAGGAUUUUCUUCCCCACAAAUAUAUACCAGAGUCCAGAAUCAUGGAUAGUGAGUAGUGACAUACAACAUGGCAUGUGUUGUCAGAGAUUUAUAUGGAACUUUGUUUAUCUACUGUAUAGACCACAGGCCUAAGAAUCAUUUUAGUAAGUUGGUAAUUUUUAGGAGAGGAGAUGGAGCACUUUCACAAUUUCUGAGCAUAUUGAUGCUUGAGUAGAGUACAUUCUCAAGUCUAUUGAGACUAAAUUCCUCUGAAGCAAUAUUGAUUAGUUCUAGAUUUCAUGUUAUUAUGAAAAGGUAUUUUGAAAUUUGAGCUAUUACUAUUGAGACUUCAAUUGAUGGGUAGUACUAGUAUAAGAAGUGCAAAUGGAUACUCAUUGUGUAUAUAUUGUAAUCAAAAUCUUGACUGAAUUAGGUUUAUUCUCCUACUUCCCAAGAAUGGCUGCUCAGGGGAUUGGUUUUUCUUAGGGUUUAUACUAUUCAA